CCUUCAUGAACAACAGCUACAGAACUGUAAGCUGCAUGUUGAUACGAAGCAGCGUAUUCUCUGAACCCAUAUUGCUUCCUAUGUGACUCUGCAAAAAUUUACCAGACAGUAUCAGUAAGCGCAUUGCUUAUGUUAAAAUCUUCUGGAUUCAAAUUUCCCUUCCUUUGUUUUAUUUUGUGGUUUAUCCACGCGACAUCGGACGCUGCUGCGAGAGCGUCCUGCGCCGCAAGUUUGUGGCUCUUGUCCCCGUCGCGGUGUGGCAGGUUUGAGGGCAAUAGCAGACAGAACUGAAGUCCUCUUUGCUACUGAACAGGAUUCAAUGAAAAUGUCUGUCUGCGUCCACGAGAACCGCAAGUCUCGUGCCAGCACGGGCUCUAUGAACAUCUUCCUGUUUCACAAGUCCUCGUAUGCUGACAGCGUGCUAAUGCACCUGAAUGCUCUCCGUCAGCAGAGGCUCUUCACUGAUGUUCUGCUCCAUGCAGGCAACCGCUCUUUCCCAUGCCACAGGGCUGUUCUGGCUGCCUGCAGCCGCUAUUUUGAGGCCAUGUUCAGCGGAGGGCUGAGAGAAAGUCAGGACAGUGAAGUGGACUUCCGGGACUCAAUUCAUCCUGAGGUCUUGGAGCUCCUUCUGGACUAUGCCUACUCAUCAAGAGUGAUAAUAAAUGAGGAGAAUGCAGAGUCUCUGCUUGAGGCUGGUGACAUGCUGGAGUUUCAGGACAUCCGAGAUGCCUGUGCAGAGUUCCUGGAGAAAAACCUCCACCCAUCCAACUGCCUGGGUAUGCUGCUGCUCUCGGAUGCCCACCAGUGCACCCAGCUGUUUCAGCUGUCCUGGAGCAUGUGCCUCAGCAAUUUUCCUGCUAUCUGCAAGACAGAAGAGUUUCUGCAGCUGCCCAAGGACAUGCUGGUCCAACUGCUGGCACAUGAGGAGCUUGAAACAGAGGACGAGUGUCUGGUCUACGAGUCAGCGCUCAACUGGGUGAACUAUGAUCUUGAGAGAAGGCACUGUCACCUUCCAGAGCUGCUACGUACUGUGCGUCUGGCUCUCCUGCCUGCCAUCUUUCUCAUGGAGAACGUCUCCACAGAGGAGCUCAUCAUUGCACAAGCCAAAAGCAAAGAGCUGGUGGAUGAGGCCAUCCGAUGUAAAUUGCGCAUCUUGCAAAAUGAUGGCAUCGUCAACAGUCCUUGUGCCCGGCCUCGCAAGACCAGUCAUGCCCUGUUCCUGCUUGGUGGCCCCACAUUUAUGUGCGACAAGCUCUACCUGGUGGACCAGAAGGCCAAAGAGAUCAUUCCAAAGGCAGACAUACCCAGUCCACGCAAGGAGUUCAGUGCCUGCGCAAUUGGCUGCAAAGUGUACGUGACAGGGGGACGGGGCUCAGAGAACGGCGUGUCUAAGGAUGUUUGGGUUUAUGAUACAUUACAAGAAGAAUGGUCCAAAGCAGCUCCAAUGCUGAUAGCACGUUUUGGGCAUGGAUCAGCUGAGUUACGCCACUGCUUGUAUGUUGUUGGGGGUCACACAGCUGCCACUGGCUGUCUGCCUGCUUCACCAUCUGUGUCCUUGAAGCAGGUAGAGCAGUUUGACCCUGCUGAUAACAAGUGGAGCAUGGUAGCACCACUGCGAGAGGGUGUAAGCAAUGCAGCUGUUGUCAGCGUAAAGCUCAAGUUGUUUGCCUUUGGAGGAACAAGUGUGGCCCAUGACAAGCUACCCAAAGUUCAGUGCUACGAUCCUGCUGAAAAUCAUUGGACAGUCCCAGCUUCCUGCCCACAACCGUGGCGCUAUACUGCAGCUGCUGUUCUCGGAAACCAGAUCUUUGUAAUGGGGGGAGACACAGAAUUCUCUGCUUGCUCUGCCUACAAAUUCAGCAGUGACUCUUAUCAGUGGACCAAGGUAGGAGAUGUUACAGCAAAACAAAUGAGUUGCCAGGCGGUGGCAUCUGGUAAUAAACUGUAUGUGGUGGGUGGCUACUUCGGUACACAGCGCUGUAAAACACUUGACUGCUAUGACCCCACAUUGGAUGCUUGGAACAGCAUAACUACAGUACCUUAUUCCUUAAUCCCCACUGCCUUUGUCAGCACCUGGAAACACCUCCCAGCCUGAUGCGUGUCUGUACUCACCUGUGAGACCCCACUGUUCCUAAGCGAUUUUCUUGUAUCCCUUUUGUUGUUAUUGUCUACUGGAUUCCAACUGUGAAGAAAUACACAAACCCAUCUGUGCAAUUUUAUGAAGAGCUAAAUGUGUGUGAUGUCCAGUCGUAAAUUGUUUUUGUUUUCUGCUGCAAGUGCACCAAAAUGUUUGUACUUCCAACAUUUCAAGUAUAUUGUGAUGUCAUAUCUGUAUUUUGUGGAGUAUCAGAACUUGGGCUUCAUCUUGAAAACCAAAAGAACUGCAAUGCGUCCUACAAGACCAGUCUGCUUCCAGUCUAUUUCCAUCAUGACCAGCAUAACCAUCAACUUUGUCCCCCACAUUUGUGUAUUUUGACUUUUUUUUUUUUUUUUACAAUGAUGAUGCCAUGCAAGCUAACUUGGACUCUUUUGCCUGUUUACAUUUAUAUACUGCUUGAAGGAUGAGUGGAAGCUUUUGAUUUGGAGAUCAGCAAGAGACGAAAUGCAUGAUUGGAGAUGUUACAUCUCAACAACACACUAUCAUACCCUCAACCCCUCCAAUAUAAACUCUAAACAAACAGUUUGAGCAUGCCCUCUGAUGACAAGAAACAACCCACAAACACUGUCCUUGCAUUAAUACUUUCUAUGGACUGAUUGACUCUUGCAAGAGACUCGUUGAGUUGUGCGAGACACUUCUGCUUUGCUGUUUUUGCCUGUACUAAUAUAAGCACAUGCAGUCACAGUAAACGUGAAUGACAGAAGGAGAGAGAAAUGAGGUGAGAGUCAUUUCGUCACCCUGGGAGGGAAAGCAGUCGCUAUGGAAAUGACAACAGGAAAAACCUGAACUGUAAAUUUAAAAAAGAAAAGGUGCAAGGAACUGGUUGUCUUAAAAUAUUACAGUGGCUAUUAAUAGUCUUAAUUUAUGAUGUUUUUAAGGCCUUUUUAUUUUAUUUGAUUCACUGUGUUUUAACAAUAUUCUUUUUAUUUAUUGUUUUUUUUUUCUGCUUACAUGUUUGUAAGUUUAAAAGUUGACAGGUUUUUGUUCUGUGCAUGGCCCAAAAUGCUCUGUUCCUGCUGCUCUUUUGCACAUUUUCGGGAGGUAAUUUUGACUGAGUAGGUGGAAAUUGUAGUGGUCAGUGAACGCUUGAACCUCUUGCUCAUCUGAGGGUCAUAGGUCAUUGAUGGGAUAAGAAUGGGCUGAAUGAUGUCAAUGAUUACCCUGGGUGGGAUGGGGGAGUUGUGAAGGGGUUUUGAGAAUUCGGACAGCUUGUUGGACUGGAUGAAAUUUAAAAAUGGAAUAUUUCUGUUUUCUGUUUAUAGUGCCACAAUGUUUACAGUUUUCAAGAAAGUUAACCAACAAAUAACUUACAGCCAUCUCUUCAUAUUAAGUUGGGCAAAGAUAAUGUAUUUCAAUACUGAAGUUUCACAUUUUAGCUUUAAACUUAACUUCUGGUCUACUUUAACAAUUAGCGCUCGAUCAGGCAUCAUUCCACAUUGUUCUCAUGAUCUACUGACUUGCAUCAAAUAAGGUUGACUUCAAAUAUCUUUGUUUCAACUGCUAAUAGCCAUACUACAAUGUUGGCAUAAGUUGUUGUCCCUGACUAGUGGUUUUGACCAGUGCUCAUUGACCUAAUGCCAAACUCAGUCCAGCAUGCACCCUUUCUAACCCUGCUCUGCGUCCAUCACUUUGUCAGUGCUGGAACACAGUGUGUUAUAAGGAACCUGUAGAGCUGAGGAAUGUGACAAUCACAGCUGCUCCCCAAACAGCUGGAACUGUCACCAGCAUGUCGUAAUUCUGACUGUCCCUUACAGUUCAGUGUAGAGCGGAAGAUGCUUCGCAGCUAGAGGAAAGUUUUCUACAGAGCUUGGUUUUGUUGCAGUCUCCACCUGUUACUGCUUGCAACUAUGCUAGCUGUAAAUAUGCUAUUUCAUGAGGUGCACUUCAUGAAAUCAUUGUCUUACUCAGUAUUUUUUACUUAUUUUCCAGUUUAAAAACAUCCUUUUAAAUUGAUUGGUUUACUUGAAGCAAAAUGACAAAGAUAUUAAGUGUUGUUUGGAGAAAUGUAACCAAAUUUAUUGAGGGUUAUCCUUAAAACAAUGGGAAAAUAUGCCAAUGGGGUAAGAACGAUAACCUUGUUUUUGCUUUAAAUUGGCUGUAUUCCUCUUACCCUUUUGGCAAAUUGUUUGUUCUUGCUUUAAGUACAAAGCUCAAUACAUUUAGUUAGUUUUCUCUAAAAACAAGACUUAUGAACCUUAUGUUCACUUCUCAAGUACAUUUUUACAGAAUUGCAGAGUUAGAAAAUGCUGUGAGUUCAAUAUUAUUGGUAGAUUUAAUAUUGACCACAAUGGUGUUUACUAUUAUUAAGCUAAAUCCCAAAGGUCUCAAAAUAGCUACUUCUAAAAAGCGAUGUCUACAUUAGGGCAAAGAACAUGGUGCUUUCAUGUCAGUGCCAAACUAACUGUAGAGAUGAUCCGUCUGUUUUAAUAAUAAUUUCAGAGCAUCACCGUUAUAAUUGCAGACAAAUCAAAGGUUUUGGUUUAGGUUCAUAAUCACCACUGGCAAUUUGUGAUGCGAUAGCUGUUGUGACAACACUUUUGUUCAUACUGAUUGCAAAACAAACCAUAUAGCUUUACAUUUAAUGGACAUUAGGAAUAUACUGUUCUAUGUUGUUCCAUUGCAUUGCGAUAUAGCAGGUCAGUGUAACAGCAAGUUUGCCGUCUAAAGGAAAGCUCUGUCUGCACACAGUGAGAGAGAGAAUAAAAGUAGCGAGGGGUUCACAUUCCUUCUACAAAACCCUCCCAGAAAAGCUGUUUCAGGAAAUUCAUGCUUACCGUGUUCCCUUUGGCCUUUAGGGGCUAACACACCCUCCAUAUUUUUUGCCUCAAUUUGGAAUGCCCAAUUCACAAAGUCCUCAAUCCGGGUGGUGGAGGAGGACGAACCUCAGUUGCCUCCGCGUCUGAGACCGUCAAUCCAUGCAUCUUGGCACGUGGCUUGUUGCGCGUGUUACUGUGGAGACAUGGCGCAUGUGGAGGCUUCAACCUAUUCUCUGUGGCAUCCAUGCACAACUCGCCAUGUGCCCCACCAAGAGUGACACAUCAUUAUGUUCAUACACCACAUUAUGGUGACCGUGAGGAAGUUACCCCAUGUGACUCUACCCUUCCUAGCAACUGGGCCCAUUUGUUUUUUAGGAGACUUGGCUUGAGUCACUCAGCACACCCUGGAUUCAAACUCACGACUCCAGGGGUGGUAGUCAGAAUCUUUACUCGCUUAGCUACCCAGGCCCCCACACACCCUCCAUCUUUGACCCCUCUGCACCCCCAAAAAUACCUUUUCACAAAACUCUGAACACACUGACCUCCAGCCAAUAAGAGGAUGCCGUUCUGCCCCUUGCACAGUUGCCACAGCAAUGGUCAACAAUCAUUGCUCCCCUCUUCCAUUUGAACUAGUUAUAGUCAAGUGUUUUGAUUUUCUCUCUCUCUCUCUCUCUCUCUCUCUCUCUCUCUCUCUCUCUCUCUCUCU